AUGCCUCACUACAUUCUGAGGAAUAUCAUCAGUAUCAUUGAUGUUUUCCACAACUAUGCAAAGAGCGAUGGAGACUGUCAACGGCUGAGCAAAACAGAGCUUAAGAAACUUGUCCAACAGGAGCUUCGAGUGGCCCUGGAGAAAACAAAUUAUGCUGAGAUAACAGAAAAAGUCCUUCAACAACUUGAUCAAGAUGGCGACAAAACAAUUGACUUCAAUGAAUUUAUUUUACUAGUGUCUAGAAUGACAAGAGUCUACUAUGCAUGCAUAAAACCUCUUUUCUGUCCUGAAGAGGGUGUGCGAACUUUAGAGCCAAGAGUGGAUGAGUGUAGACAAGUAGGAAACCUUGGCCCAACAUCAAUAAAUGAAGGAACCCAUCAAGUGAGAGACCAACUUUCAACACUAAAGGAUAGCAAAACUCCAGUGAGAGACCAAACACAAGAAUCCCAGCAUAACGCAAGGCAACAAAGUAAGGAGCAAAUUUCAGCAUCAGUGGUUGGUGACUAUUACCAACAAAGAGAUCUGAAUCCCGAACUAAGCAAUAGUGGGAUGGAGACCAGAAAACAAGGACUUUCACCAAAAAAUAAUGAAAUAAAGCAAGUUAGUGGUCAGAACACAGUUCCAAUAAAUGAUAAAAGACAUCCAAUGAGAGAACUGUGUCCAGAAAUUCAAAAUAGUGGAAGACAGCAGAUUAUUGAGCAAAUAUUUCCAACAGAGAAUGAGAGACUGGAAGUCAGUGAUAAGACUCCAAUACCAGAGAACAAUGAAAAAUACAAGGUAAGAAGUCAGGCCACAGUGACAAAGAAUGAUCAGAAAUUUCUAGAGUCUAAGAAUAACGAGGAAAACCAAGUGUGGGAAGAGAGACCAGCUUCAACAAAAGAUGAAAGACACCGAGUGAGACAACUGAGUUCAGAGUUCAGGCAUGAUGGAAGAUAUCACAUUAGAGAGCAGCGACCAGAACCUGGGAGACAAUUAAUGAGAGAAGUAGAUAUAAACACAAAUGAUGAGAGAAACCAAGUUAGAGAUCAGAAAUCAACUCUAAGACAAAAUGAAAGACUUUAUGAGAGAAAUCACUACAAAACAUCAAGGGAUGAUAGGACACAUGAAGAGAGAGACCCAAGACAAGACACUAGCAACAAUGAGUGGCACCAAGCUAGGGAGCAGAGACCAGAUCCAGUAGGAGAUGGUACACAAUACGUGAGAACCCCAGCACCAAAGGAGGAUGAGAUGCAUCAACUGAGAGGUCAAAGCUCGACACAAAGAAAUGAUAGAAGAUUCCAAAUGAGAGACCUGAGCCCAGAAAGGAGGAUCAGCCAAGUUAGGGAGUAUAGAUCAAUCCCAAAAGAAUAUGAAAGAUUCCGACAUAGAGACCAGAUCCCAGCACCAACAAGUGAUAGAAGACAACAAAUGAGAGACCUGAGUCCUGAACCCAGGAGUUAUGGGAGUCAUCAAGUUAGGGAGCAGAGGUCAGCACCUACAGAAGAGGAGCGACACCAAGUAAGAGAGCACAGCCCAGUACAAAAGAAUGAUGGAAGAUUCCAAGGAAGGGACCUGAGCCCUGAACCAGAUAACAUUGGGGGUUUCCAAGUUAGAGAGCAGAGGUCAGAAGCAAGGAAUGAUGAAAGACACCAAUUUAGGGAGCAGAGUACUCCAACAGAAGAUGGGCAAUACCAAGUAAGAGACAGAAACCUCAUACCAAAGGAUGAUAGGAGAUUCCAAGUGAGAGAUCAGAGUUCUGGAUCCAGGUAUGAUGAGGAACACCAAGUUAGGCAGCAGAGAUCAAAGCUCACCGAUGAUGACAGAGUUCAGCUGAAAGAUCUGAGCUCAAAUCCCAAAAAUAAAGGAAGACAUCAAGGAAGAGACCGAAGCCCAGUACAAAUAGAUGACAGGAGAGUCCAAAUGAGAGACUUAAACCCAGUACCAAUGUUUGACAGAAGUCAAACUGAAGAGCAGAGUUUAGCUACAAGACAACACAUAAGAUUCCAACCCAGAGACUAUAUCCCAGCACCAAGGAAUGAUGGAAGAGGCCAAAUGAGAGACUUAAGUCCUGAAUCUAGGAAUAAUGAAGACCAUCAAGUUACAGAACAGAAAGUAGAAACUAGGAAUGAUGACAGACACCAACUUAGAGGACAGAAAUUAGCUCCAAUGGAAGAUCAAAGCUCAACUCAAAGGGAUAAUGGGAAAUUCCAAGUGAGAAGCCAGAGUCCAGAACCAAGAAAUUAUGGGAGAGAUCAAGCCCAGGACCAGAGAUCAACUCUAAGUCAAUAUGAAAGAUUCCAACAUAUAGACUACACCCCAGCAGCAGCAAAGGAAGAAUGGAGACAUCAAGUGAGAGAUUUUAACCUUGAACCUGGAAAUGAUAGGAGAUACCAACUGAAGAGGCAAAGAUCAGCUCUAACAGAAGAUAGGAGAAACAAAGUAAGGGACCAAACCCCAGAAGAAAGAAAUUAUGAAAAAUGCCAACUGAGAGACCUUAGCCCAGAAACCAGAGAAAAUGAGAGAUGCCAAAUUAGAGAGCAGAGAUCAACCCCAAGACUAUAUGAAAGAUUCCAACAGAGAGAGCAGAACUCAGAAGCAAUGGAUAAUGGAUUGUGUGAAAUGAGAGACCUGAGUCCUGAAUUCAGGAAUGACAGGGGUAUUCAAGUUAGAGAACAGAGACUAGAAGGCAAGACUGAUGGAGAUUGUCACAGUCAAGAGCAGAGGCUAGAAGCCAGUAAUAAAGGAGAUCGCCUACUUAAAGAGCAGAGAUUAGAAACCAGGAUUGGCAGAGGUCACCAGGUUAGAGAGGAGAGACUAGAAUCCAGGAAUGGUGAUGAUCGCCUGGUUAGAGGGGAAAGUCUAGAAGCCAGGAAUGGUGGAGAUCGAGACUACAGUCUAGAAUCCAGGAAUGAUGGAGUUCACGAAGUUAGAGAGGAGAGAACAGAAUUCAGGAAUGGCAGAGACCACAUGGUUAGGGAUGACAGUCUAGAAUCCAGGAAUGGUGGUCUCCUGGUGACAGAGAAGAGACUUGAAUCCAGGAAUGGUGGAGGUCACCUGGUAAGAGAGGACACACUAGAAGCUAGAUGUGGCAGAGAUAGCCUGUUUAGAGAAGACAGACUAGAAUCCAAGAAUGGUGGAGACCAUCUGGUAAGAGAGGACAGUCUAGAAGGCAGGAAUGACCGAGAUCUCCUGGUUGGAGAUGACAGACUUGAAUCUAGAAAUGACAGGGACCACCAUAUCAGAGAGAGGAGAGUAGAAACCAGGAUUGGUGGAGGUCACCAGACUAGAGAGGAAAGGCUGGAAUCUUAUGUUGGAGAUAGACUGGUUAGAAAGGACAGACUAGAAGCUGGAGAUGAUAGGGCUUGCUUGGGUAGUGAGGACAUUGUAGAAGCCAGAUAUGGUGGAGAUCACCCGUUGAGAGAGGAGAGACUUGAAGUUAGAUAUGAUGGAGAUCGUCUGGUUACAGAGGACAGUCUGGAACCCAGGAAUGGUAGAGAUUACCUGGUGAGAGAGGAGAGACUUGAAUCCAGGAAUGGUAGAGGUCACCUGGUGAGAAAUGACAGACUAGAAUCCAGGAAUGAUGCAGACUGUCUGGUAGGAGAGGACACUCUAGAAGCCAGGAAUGGUGGAGAUCAAGAUGGCAGUUUAGAUGCUAUGAAUGAUGGAGCUCACGAGGUUAGAGAGGAGAAAAUAGAAGUUAGGAGUGGUGGAGAUCGCCUAGUUAUAGAGGACACUCUAGAAGCCAGAAAUUACAGGGACCACCAUAUUAGAGGGCAGAGAGUAGAAACCAGGAUUGGUGGAGGUCACCAGACUAGAGAGGAAAGGCUGGAAUCCUAUGUUGGAGAUAGACUGGUUAGUAAGGACAGACUAGAAUCCAGGAGUGUUAGAGAGGAAAGACUAGAAGCCAGGAAUGAUGAAUCUCAACUGCUUAGGGAGAACAGACUAGAAGCCAGGAAUGGUAGAGAUCUCCAGGUUAGAGCGCAGAGACUGGAAUCCAGGAAUGAUAGGGAUAGAGAAGACAGACUAGAAGCCAGGAUUAGUGGGGAUCACCUGGAUAGAGAUGAGAGACUAGAAUCCAGAAAUGUUGGAGAUUGCCUGGUUAGAGAGAACAGUCUACAAGCCAGGAAUGAUAGAGAUUGUCAGGUUAGAGAGCAGAGACUGGAAGCCAGGAAUGUUGGAGAUUGCCCAGUUAGAGAGCAGAAACUUGAAGCCAGGAAUAGGAAGGAUAAGGAUCAUUUGCUCAGAGAAGAGAGACUAGAAUCCAGGAAUGAUGGGGAUCCUCUGGUUAGAGAUGACAGACUUGAAUCCACAAAUGACAGGGACCGCCAUAUUAGAGAGCGGAGAGUAGAAACCAGGAUUGGUGGAGGUCUCCAGACUCGAGAGGAGAGGUUAGGAGCCAGGUAUGUUGGAGAUAAACUGGUUAGAGAGGACAGACUAGAAGCCAGGUUUGGUAGGGAUCGCUUGGUUAGAGAGGACAGUGUAGAAGCCAGGAAUGACAGGCAUCACCAUGUUAGAGAGCAGAUACUAGGUACCAGGACUGGAGGAAGUUGGCAGAUUAGAGAGGACAGACUAGGAGACAGGAAUGACAGGGACAGGCAUAUGAGGGAGCAGCAAGUCGAAACCAGGAUUGGUGAAGGUUGUCAGACUAGAGAGGAGAGGAGAGGAUCCAGGGAUGUUGGAGACAGGGUGGCUAGAGAGGACAGAGUAGAAGCCAGGAAUGGUAGAGAUCGCUUGGUUAGAGAAGACAGUCUAGAAGCCAGGAAUGACAGGGACUGCCACAUUAGAGAGCAGAUCCUAGGUACCAGGAUUGACAGUAAUCGCCACAUUACAGAGGAAAGGCUAGGAUCCAGAAAUGUUGGAGAACACAUGGUUAGAGAGGACCGACUAGAAGCCAGGAAUAGGAGGGAUAAGGAUCACCUGAUCAGAGAGAAGAGACUAGAAUCCAGGAAUGUUGACGAUCACCUGGUUAGAGAUGACAGGCUAGAAGCUAGGAAAGGUAUAGAUAGCCUGGUUGGAGAGGACAGACUUGGCACCUGGAAUGACAGGAGCAACCAUAUUAGAGAGCAGAGAGUAGAAACCAGAAUUGGCAGAGAUCACCAGAGCAGAGCAGACAGGCUAGAAUCCAGGAGCGCUGGAGAUCGCCUGGUUAGGGAGAACAGGACAGAAGCCAGAAAUGGUGACAAGCACCAGAAAGGAAACUGGUUAUGCUAUUGUCUACACAACCCAUCUGAAAGAACAAAUACAAGAAGUAACCUUGAUUAUACAGGUUUGGAGGUACUUGAGAAUCACAGCAAAGGAAAGAACUAUGGCUACUGCCCAGUUUGGGAUCCAAAAGAAUAUUUGUGCCAAGAGAGAGGGGAAGAAUGGGAAGAGUAUUCUAAUGACCAGGACGAUGAUCCCUACCGUAUCUGGAAAUUUGGCAACAAGUACAAGAAAAGCCCUGGUGACCACGAAGAGUUCAGUUCUUCUGAAGAAGAGUUCUGA